GACAAGAACAACAACACAGACACCCCAUCCCUAGCAAGUCGCAUCCAAAGCUCAGCCUCCGGAUUAGCCCGGCAAGCCUUCUCGGCCCCCGGUUCAUCGGGCGAUGCAGCACAGUUCCUCACCACCGGUAGUAAAGCCAGCAUAUCCUCAUCCUCCGCCCUAGCAGCCGCAGAACACUACAACCAAGUUUCCGGACCCUCCGCGCCAUCAUCAGCGGGGGCUCAAUUGCGUGAUAGCAAUGCGGGGACAUUCCGCUCAACAACUACACCCCAGCAGGGUGGGUUCGAGAUCCCUCAUUUGAGCGAGGAGGAGUUCGCGCAAACAGGGAACGACUUCCUGGAGCCAUCAACAUCCACCUCUACUACGAUAGACAAGGGAAAGGGAAAAGCGAGGGAAGAAGCAUCUUCGAUCUCACACACCCACGCCCCAGAACCGACCGACGGUUCAGCAGUCAUCUCCCUCCUCUCAGACAGAACCUUCGAUCCCACAUUCCCGCACGACCCCGCCGAAAUAAUCGAAACAGAACUAUUGCCCCCUCAGCAACUCACACAAGCGGAGAUCCAAAUGCUCGAGUCCUUCCGUCGCCAUAUCACUCCCCAGCCGGACACUGCCUCUCCAUCUACCCACCGUCUUACGUCUGCCAGUCUCGUCCCGGAAAUUGAUACAAUCCUAGAUAGUGCGCCUGCGCUGACGGGUACAGAUGCUGCUACCUUAAGGGAUUGUGUUUUGGCUAGUUUGCCGGGGUCGGAGGAUUGGGUUGAUGUAGAGGAACGGUAUCAUGAUGAGGUGUGGGGCUGGUUGAAACCUACUUUGGAGGCUGCCGCUAGAGAGCUGGAGGAGAAGGAGGAUCCAAGGGGAGAAGAUGGGCCUGCCGUGCAACGAUUGAAGACGGUUUUGACACAUAUGCGGGCAAAGCUCUAG